GUGCUUCCGCGAACGCCUCUGGAGUCCGACGUCCGCUCCGCCCGACACUAUUUACGUGGCAGGAGACUCGCCUUAAAAUUUCCUUUUUUAUUUUUUUUUCUCCUCUUCUCCAAACUGCCUUUGUCGCGUCGAGGGUGUGGAAGAGGGCUUUGGAUGGUCAGCAGGGAUUAGAGAUUAAGAUCUCCAUAUCAGAUGAUGCUGUGACCUCUCUUCUUAGCACUGAGGCAAUGAUGCAGUUUAUGCUAUUAUUCAGCCGUCAAGGCAAGCUGCGCCUUCAGAAAUGGUACGAGGCUCACCCAGACAAAGUGAAGAAGAAGAUCACGAGAGAACUCAUCUCUACCAUCCUUGCCAGAAAACCUAAGAUGUCCUCGUUCUUGGAGUGGAAGGACCUGAAAAUUGUUUAUAAGAGAUAUGCAUCCUUAUACUUUUGCUGUGCCAUAGAGCAGGAAGACAAUGAACUCUUGACAUUAGAGAUAAUUCAUCGCUAUGUUGAACUCCUCGACAAGUACUUCGGAAGUGUGUGCGAACUCGACAUCAUCUUCAACUUUGAGAAGGCGUACUUCAUGUUAGAUGAACUGAUGGUGGGAGGUGAAGUUUGUGAGACCAGUAAGAAAAAUGUGCUCAAGGCAAUUGCGGCUCAGGACCUUCUGCAGGAGGACGAGGCUGUGGAAGGAGCCCUCCGCGAGAUUGGGCUGUACUAGCUUGUCCAGAGUGAUACUCCUGCAACUUUCCCUUUUCCCUCAUCCCCAUUCAUGUGUCCACCCAUGCAACCCAUUUAAGAUAUAAAGACUCUAGUACUGAAUUUAACCACCAGUGUCAUAUGUUCAUGGUGAUGCUGUUUUUUUGUUUUGUUUUUUUUCCUUUCUAUCUAUCAUUUUAGUGAACAGAGGGCAGGUUGUGAAUCUUCAUCAUGACAAAGAUGCGAAUUAGUGACUAGUAAUGAGCUUUUGAUAGUGUUGAGGGUAAUGUUUUCAGUAUUGUAAAGCUUACUUAUCCACAGUAGUGGAAAUGAAGUAUUUUUGUUGGAUGUAAUGAACCAUCAUUAUAACAAAUGGGAUCAAUUUGAACCUAUAUUUUGAAAAAGACUAUUCCCAGAGAUCCACAGUAGCACUUAUGUAGGUGAUGGCCACAAUCGUUAUAUCCAUGGUCACUUUUCUCCUUGUUUUGUGUAAAUGGGUGUGACUAUAUGUAAGGAUGUUAGUAUGAGUGUUGUAUGCCACUGCCCCAGGUCAUGAUAUUUAGGACUUCAGUUUUAACUGAGCCGUGUUUCAGUGUCCCAAUAAGUUUAUAUUAUUUUGGUGCUACUUUGUUGUUGUCAUGUUAUAUCAUUAUCAAUUUGAUACAGCUUCUAAGAGCUCUACAGAAAAAAUGUAAUUCCCCUUGUUUUGACUUAUUUUUCUGCUUUAGGCUCAAGUCUGAAUUGAGUUUGUGUCUCAUUCUUUGGUCAGUACAAAUGGUACACAAGAUGUUCAAAGGUAUUAUUGAUUUAGUUCCCCUUAUUGUUCAAAAAGAAUUUUGCCUUGUUCUUGUUUAUAGGUGUUGCUCUCAUGGGUUUUUUUGAAGUGUGGAAAAUAACAAGAUGUGAAUUGGAGUUCUGAACUUGAAACGGUGAAAGAAAUUUAGGCACACAAAGUUUGAUUCUUUGACAAUGUUACGAUGGCAAUGGUGGCAUCGUUCAUUGGCCUUGUAUAGAUUAUGGUACGUUGAAAAAGCAAGAUGAAGGGAAGCGUUGUAUAAGCAUAAAAAAUGUAUAUUAUAUAUAUUAAAUCUUUUGUAGAAAAUUUUGAAAUUUUUUUAGUGCAAUAGAAGAAAAUAGAGGAAGGUUAUUGGUUAAGCCAUAGAUCAAAGGGUAUUGUUCUCCAGUUAGUUUAUUUAGAGAUGUUCAAAAGGCAAAUUAAAUUAUAUCCAUAGAUAAAUAAUACAAAAGGUGCACAGGGAACAGAUAUAAUAUGCAUAUUACUUUAAUAUAAGGCUAAGCACACUAACACCAAUCUUGUGACAUAUAGGGUGUAAAUCUGUAAGGGUAAAGGCAGCUCCUUUGAGAUGUUGUAGUUAGCCGCUGUUUUAGCAAAUGCUAGUGAGAGGUGACUUGGCUAUUUCAUAGAACAGUGAAAACACCGGUGAGGGUACAAGCCUCUAGGCUAAUGAUUAUAGAUGCUCGUUUUGUAGCUUACUUGAAGUUCUUAUUUUGAUUGUAACAAUUAUUUCUCAUUAUUGUUAUUAAUUUUGGGAUGUUGGAUAUUAUUAUUUUUCAUAUUUUUUUGGGGUAAUCAUGUUUUUGUCCCCUGUUUCAGAAAUAGGUUGUGUGUAUAUAUAUAUAUUAUAUGUUGUUUAAACCAUUUGCUCUUGCAGUGAAAACUACAUUUCAGAUCAUUUUGUCGUGA